UGUCACGUGACUUCUAACCGGAUAUGUGAAACUUGUAAACAUACAAGUUGAAGCGGAAGUCGGUAGCGCUUUUUCUCUUGCUUGUCUGUGUAAAUGUUUUCGUUUUAAAUGAUACAAAUUAGGAGGUGGACUUAAGUAACUGACGGAUAGUUUUUGUUCCUGUUAGCUUUUCGAGUCUAGUUAGUGAUUGCUCGACGUGGCUGGCCGUAGUCCGAAAAGAAGUUAGCAUUAGCGCUAAUAGGUGAACAGCUCAGAUGGCGCAAGAAGGAGAUGCGUCUCUGCCUCUGGUUCGCUCCCUCCACACUCGCAUUCCCAUGAGUCUUGUGUUCUGCAACCGCAGUCCUCGAGUGGUCAAGCCACUGUGGAUUGAUUUCCGUGGGGCGCCACGGCCAUACAACGACUUGCAGCCCAGAACGGGACGAAUAAUGAACACCUAUGUCGGCCACCCUUGGAUGUUCAAAGAUGUAGAGAGUGAUGACCUGUUGAGGGUGAACGGCAAAGAGCUCUUCCUGCCUGCUCUGGCAGAUGGUGGAGGCGCUGCAUUUGUCAAUAUUACUCUGCCAGUUUACAGUUUGAAGGAGCGGGCCCUUCAGGUGAUCCGACGCCUGGUACGGCCAGAGGACUAUAGAAAUUUGGAAAUAGCACACUGCCUCAUCGAGGAGCUGGAAGACCCGCCCAGUUUGUUAAAAAGCCUACGUCGGUUGAAUCAACGUGUAGAGCGCCAUCUACUGGACAGAAUCCAAGGCCAGGAGGAAUGACGACUCCGGGACAUAGCAUCAACAACAAGGCAAGCGGAUAAAAACUGAACUUUCUCCUUUUCAUGAUUGGAUCGUUUGACAGAAACUUCCACCUUUCAUUACGGCAAAAGACACUACUAAUCUGUUGCUGUUGGUCAGCUUCAUUUUCCUCUUGGUUAGAGGGAUGUGGGCUGUAUGAGAUAAAAAUGUCUUCUGUGAAGCAGUGUUUUUAAUUGGCCCUUAAACACGGGCAACCUUCAUGACUAAUGAAGAGUUUUCCCAAGAGGAUCGUCAGAAAGAUGAUUAUGCAAGUCUUGGUCCUCAGAGGUUCUCUACUACUCCUUUUCCACCCAAAAUAAAUUGGUGCUCAUUCGGCACCAGUGCUGGGCUUA